AUGAUCAUGAUGAACGUGGGCAUGUACGGCAUGUGCAACGGCGCCGAGUACCCGGGGUCGCAGUCGGCGAUCCACCACCACGGGCCCCACCACUACGGCGAGGCGUACGGCGACGGUUGCCAGGGCGGCGGCUACUACCCGCAGCAGCCGGACGCAACCCUCGACCGGGGCUACUACCCUCCGGAGGCCGUGGACGGGGGCGGGCCCGCCGCCGCCGCGGGGGUGGUGAUCGCCCCCGACAGCGGGCUCAGCUACACGGACCUCGACUACGGCUACCAGCAGGGCUACCAGUACAAGCCGCACCCGGAGGACUUGCAGCCCGAGCUUCAGCAGCAGCAGCACUUGGACGGCUACUUCGCGGAGGCCUUCCAGGGCUACCAGCACCACUACAAGGAGGAGCACCAGCCGCAGGGCUACCAACACCACCAACACCACCAGCACCACCAGCACCACCAGCACCCGGGGCUGGCCCCGCCGUGCCAGCAGACCCGAGGCGCCGUGCCCACCUACAAGUGGAUGCAGGUCAAGAGGAACGUACCCAAGCCGGCAGACACGGCCAUGGAUAACACCGCCCCGACAAAGGAAGCUCCCGAGAACCGAGACAGCAGCUCUGACCGUAUCAAAUCCCUCGAAGACGAACUCAAGCGGCGGGCGGAAGAGGCGCGCGAGCUGCGCAGCCGGGCCGAGGGCGCGGAGCGGGAGCUGGCGACCGUGCUCGGCACCAACUGCAAGAAGUCGGGCCGGCAGCAGGCGGCGCACCUGCGCAGGCUGGAGGCGGAGAACGCCGGCCUGCGCGACGCCCUGCGCAAGUCUGGCGACGCGCUCAAGGACAAGACGGCGGCGUGCACGCGCCAGGGCAAGCAGGUGGAGGCGCUGACCAGCCAGGUGUCGUCCCUGCGCGAGGUCGUUGCCAUCACCAAGGACCUGCUGACCAUCCGGAACCUGGAGGUGCAGCAGCUGCAGAAGGACGUGGACGGCGUGCAGGAGAAGAUCGCGCUGGAGCGGGAGAAGCAGGACAAGAUGGCGCUGGCGGCGCGCCUCAGCGCCGACCUGCGCCGGGAGUACAUGCGCCAGGUGCAGCUGUUCCAGGACCUGAGGGGCAAGUACGAGCAGAAGGUGGCCGCGCUCACGGCCGAGAACCAGCGCCUGUCCGAGCUGGCCGAGCUGGCCGGACUGGCCCGGGCCGACGCCCCUCAGUAGCGCGGCGCGGAACAGAGCGCGAGAGCCCAGCACGCUGGUGCCACAUUUAUUUGCUUCUAAUUGGCAUUUAUGUAUGAAAUUGGGUUUUACUGCAAACACUAUUUAUAUGGGGGGGGGGGGGGGGAACAGUUAAAUAAAGUUGUUUCUGAUGAAUCUAUUUUUUUUUUCCCCCUUUCUUUUCUUUAAAAUAAACUUCAAAACAGAACUUGAAAUCUUUAGUACAAAUUUUUUUUUCCUCUUCUCUCAUCCAUGAAAAUCACACUUUCUAGCAAAUAAAUUGCGUUGUUUCAUACCAACGUAGUGGAAGCUCACUUCGGAAACUUUGCUGAAUGCAUUUAAACACUGUAAUACUGAUAGUUUGUUAGCUAGAGCCUUUAAGUGUGAAAUUAAUUCCGUUAUCAAUUUAGGCAAGUUAAAAAAUUAUUCACAAAAUUGUUGGCCUGUUGGAAUUGGAAUGCAUCAUUGUUUUGGCUACAAGAUUUUGACAAUUCAAUUGGCAAAUUGUGAGCGUGCAGAAAACAAAAACUGGUGUUAUGGUCUGUGAUUUGUCCUGUGGUGCAGAGCUAACUGGUACAUUUGGUCAAGUUUCUUUUUUUUUACAUUUGGAUGCAAAAAUGUUUGUGAAUUAAAGUGUUUCUAUAACAUGGAUGAUUGUUAAGUGAACAUUCAAAUAUUGAAGGUUUAGUUGUUUUUUUUACAAAUAUAUUUUAUCUAACAGAAUUUCAGAAUACCACUUAAAUUUUACAUAUGAAGGUGUAAAUAAUUAAUAACUUGAACUUUGUAAAAAAACACCCUUUGAAAAACAGGGUUUUAUAAAAAAUAUUCAAUGAAUUACUGAUGGUGUCAGCAAUCUUGUAAAUUUUAAUUUGUUAAUCAAACAAUUUUAAUUUUUGAAGAAUUUAAAAGAAGUAUAUUUAAUACCUUUACUUUCUAGAGGUGCUCAGUUUUUAGUGUUUCAAAGAAUAAAUUCAACUCUAAAUCCACUAACUUCACAUCCACAAUUGCAACCUUUCCUUUGACUUUCUUGCAGUCGUAGGGUAGGUGCAGAUACUAUUUUUUGCAGGAACAUUUUAUCCUGAUGAACUUGGGAGGCUUGUUUUGAAGACAUCACUAUGUUUAAACGAGACACAGAUUCAAUGUGUGUUCCCAAGUGAUGGGUUUAGCUGCAGUGUUCCUGCUGAUCGUGAGCACUUACACAGUUGCGCGUAUCGGUUGGCUCCUGUGCUCGUUUCCUUUCAUUCAGAAGCACUUCCGGUGUGCUUGAAUACUUAGUCCUUCUAUGCAUGAGAUUCAUAUGCAGACCUAGUUCCAGCUUACAUUCACAGGAACAAUAAGAUAUUUUACCUCAGCACGGUCAUAUAUAUUGCUUAUGCGUAGUAACUGUAGUAAAGCAUUCGAUCCUUCUAUGAAUCCUCAUAAAAUUAUUGUUAAUGACUUAAUAAUACUUGUAGUAAUAUAAAUCAUUCAUUUCCAGACAUGAUAUUUUAUAAGUAGUACGUACUACUUAUCUUGAAUGUGAAUUUAAUCGUGAAUUCCUUUGUGUCAAUUUUUUUUAGUGGUAGUAUUUUAAAUUGUUGUGUAUGAUUGCUUGGAAAUUCACGUCUACACUUCACAUUUAAUUAUUUUUUUGCUUUUUUUUUAAUCCUUGUUACCAUUUUUAUGUUGUUUUAUUUGUAUAGCGCCAGCCUAUUUUGGACUAUGUCUGUUGGCCGGCGCUUAAUAAAUGAAUAAAUAAAUUUA